GGGAUGAGCGAGGAGGGGGCGGGCGGGGCCCGGCGGAGCGGCGGCGCCUUCCCCAGCCUGGAGCAGAUGGUGGCGGCCAGCCCCGGCAAGACGCCCAUCAGCCUCCUGCAGGAGUAUGGCACUCGCCUAGGCCGGACCCCGGGCUACGACCUGCUCAAGGCCGAGGGCCAGGCGCACCAGCCCAACUUCACCUUCCGCGUCACGCUCGGGGACAUCAGCUGCACCGGGCAGGGUCCCAGCAAGAAGGCGGCCAAGCACAAGGCGGCCGAGGUGGCCCUGAGGCUGCUCAGAGGGGGGGGGGCCAUGCUGGAGCCCCUGGAGCACAGCUCUGCGUUGCCCCCGGAGCCCCCCGCAGAGCCCGGCCCCGCCGCGCCCCCCCCGGCCCCCGCCGCGCCCCCGCCCUCGCCCAGGGGCCCCCCCCUGGAGAUGAAGACGCCGGUGUCCCCCCCCCAGGCCGAGUGCAACCCCGUGGGGGCUCUGCAGGAGCUGGUGGUGCAGAAGGGCUGGCGCCUGCCCGAGUACACGGUGACGCAGGAGUCGGGGCCGGCGCACCGCAAGGAGUUCACCAUGACGUGCCGGGUGGAGCGCUUCGUGGAGAUCGGCAGCGGCACCUCCAAGAAGCUGGCCAAGCGCAACGCGGCCGCCAAGAUGCUGGUGAGGAUCCACAACGUGCCCAUGGAGCCGCGCGACGGCAGCGAGGCCGAGGGCGAGGAGGACCAGUUCAACAUGACGUGCCCGCGGCUGGAGGGGCUGCGGGGCCGCGCCCCCGGCUGCACGUGGGACUCGCUGCGCAACUCGGCGGGCGAGAAGCUGGGCCAGCUGCGGAGCCGGGGCGGCGGCGCCGCGCCGGGGGGCGCCUGCGCGCUGCUGCAGGAGCUCUCGGAGGAGCAGAGCUUCGCCAUCAGCUACCUGGACAUCGACGCGCUGAGCCUCAGCGGGCUGCACCAGUGCCUGGUGGAGCUCUCCACGCAGCCCACCACGGUGUGCCACGGCUCAGCCCCGUCCCGCGACGGCGCCCGCGCCCAGGCGGCCCGGAACGCGCUGCAGUACCUGCGCAUCAUGGCCGGGGGCAAGUGAGCCCCGCCGGGGGCAGCGAGUGCU